UUUAAUUUGAAAAGAUAUUGUUUUUGAAAAAAUAAAAUAUAAAAGGUUAAGUAAAAAUGAGAGCAGAGCCUUAUGAAUUAUACCUAGCAUUAGGUGGAGGUUUAUUGAUUUCUCUUGCAACUAUUUUUCACUUAUAUAUGAAAGGUAGAAUUACAGGAAUGAGUGGUUUGUUAAGUGGUAUUAUAGGAAAUGAAGGAUCUAAAUGGAAGAUAUCUUUGCUUUCAGGAAUGGCAAUUACAUCAUGCGUGUUUUGGUUAAUAUUUAAGUUCGACCCUGUAAAUGAAGGCAAGACUUACAUAUUUUCACCACCUCAAGCAUUAGUUUCAAGCUUAGACAUUUUUGGAUUCGCAUUAGCCGGUUUACUUGUUGGUAUUGGUACUAAACUAGGUAACGGAUGUACUAGUGGUCAUGGUGUCUGUGGUCUUCCUAGAUUUUCUGUUCGUUCAUUUGUUGCCGUUUUUUUCUUUAUGGCUUUUGGAUUUGGUGUUGCCUCUCUUAGACUUUAUCACCCUUUCUUAGAUGACUCUGAUGGCUUGAAUGUAGUUAGCAAAAUUGACUAUAAUGUUUUAGUCCCAAUCAUGUUAGCUGCUCUUUGCAUUUUCUUUGUAGGAUAUGUUUUCUAUCUUUACCGCUAGUAUGAAUAUGUUGAUAUCUCUGAAAUAGUUGUUUCCUUUAUAACUGGAGUCAUUUUUGCUUCUGGUUUAGUAGUCUCAGGAAUGAUUAAAAGAGAAAAAGUUCUUGGUUUCCUAGCUAUUGGAGAAAACUGGGACCCUUCUUUAGCUAUUGUGAUGGCUGCAGCAGCAAUACCUAAUGCCCUUGCCUUCCACUUUAUCUUAUAAUAAGAGAAACCAGUUUAUUCUCAAGUCUUUGAAGUUCCCUAAAAUAAUAAAAUUGAUUUAAAGCUUAUAGCAGGUGCAAUUCUUUUUGGUAUUGGAUGGGGAUUGGGUGGCAUAUGCCCUGGACCUUCUUAUGUUUUAGCUCCUAUCUUCACCCCUCAUAUUUCUAUAAUUUUUGUUCUUUCUCUUUUAAUGGGAUACUUCUUAGUUACCAAAGUCUAAGAAAACUAGUUUGAAUAUACAUCUUCUUCUAAGAGAAAGUGAUCAACAAAGAUUCUAUCUAAAAAUCAUUUAAAAGUUGUCAAUACAUUUUUUAGAAAAUCAAUAAAUUAAGAUAACCUUAAAAGAAAACAGAUAAUUGAAUUUAAAUGUAUUCCAAAUGAAAGAGUAAUUAAUAUUUUCAUUUUUAUUUUAUGUUUUCCUUCGUAAAUAAAUGCAUUUUUAGUUAAAAUUAGAGUAAUCAAAGCACUAUCUUAUCAAACAAUUUUGGCUAAAA